AGCCGGGGACGCGCAUGCGCCUUGGCCCACGCGCCUGCCUGGGACUUCUUCCGGACUGUAGCUCAGAAUGAAAGAGUGGUGGAUCCAAGUCGGCCUCCUGAUGCUUCCCCUGCUUGCCGUUUACCUCCACAUCCCGCCUCCCAAGCUGUCUCCGGCUCUGCAUUCCUGGCGCUCCUCGGGGAGUUUCUUCACCUACAAAACGCAAGACAUCUUUUUCAGAGAUUCGCCCGGCGCUGUCGGCAGUUCGGACAUCGUGGUCCUCCUGCAUGGAUUCCCCACCUCGAGUUACGACUGGUACAAGAUUUGGGAAGGGCUCACGCAGCGAUUCCAACGUGUGAUCGCGCUGGAUUUUGUGGGCUUCGGCUUCAGCGACAAACCUCGGCCUCACGGGUACUCCAUCUUCGAACAAGCCAGCAUUGUGGAAAGCCUGUUGCGCCACCUGGGCCUUCUGAACCAACGGAUCAACCUCCUUUCGCACGACUACGGAGACACCGUCGCCCAAGAACUGCUCUACAGGUAUGAACAGAACAGAACGGGAUGCGUCCUCAUCAACAGCCUGUGUCUGUCAAACGGAGGCAUUUUUCCAGAAGUUCAUUAUCCCAGAUUCAUCCAGAAGAUUCUCAAAGAUGGCGGGCUGCUGUCGCUCAUUCUUACUCGGCUAACGAACUAUUUUGUCUUCGCCAAAAGCCUGGCCGAGGUCUUCGGCCCGCACACCCAGCCUUCGGAGGCCGAAUUGUGGGACAUGUGGACGGCCCUGCGAACAAACGACGGAAACCUUGUGGUGGACAGCCUUUUACACUACAUCACCCAGCGGAAGCAACACCGAGACCGAUGGGUCGGAGCACUGCAAUCCACCUCCGUUCCCUUGCAUCUGAUUUAUGGACCAUUGGAUCCGGUCAACCCUCAUCCGGAAUUUCUCCCGCUUUACAAACAGAUGCUUCCCACGUCGACAGUGACGGUGCUGGAUGACCACAUCAGCCAUUAUCCACAGCUGGAGGAGCCUCAGGGUUUUCUGAACGCCUACUUAAACUUCAUCAACUCCUUCUGAGCCACAAAGACGAUGGACAGAAACCAUUCCUGCUCUUCCGAGGACAAUUUUGCACUCUGGAGCAACAGGAGAGGCGUGGGAAGAGCGGAUGGAAACUCCGGACGGCGGUGAACCAGUCUUUCAUGCAAUCUCUGCGUCGGCGAGUAAAUUGACAGAAUCUUACCCGACGGAUUGGUGGGGACGGUGGUGGAGGGGUCUGAAGCAGUUUGGCGGGAGGCACCCCCCCCCCCGGCCAUUCCCCCCAAAAUCCUGCCUCUGGAGGAUGCGGGGAGAGAAAGUCCAGGGGAAUAAGCGAGCAGAAAUGAGAACGGCCCAUCAGGAUCGGGAUGAUAACCGUACGGGUAGUCCUGGACUUACGAACGGUUCGUUUAGUGACUGUCUGAAGUUACAACUGCGCUGAAAAAAAGGGAACUUUGAGCGUUUUUCACACUUAUGACCGCCGUGGCAUCCCCGUGGUUAGGGGAUCGAACUUCGGAUGCUUGGUACCGGACUUGUAUUUAAGACGGUUGAAGUGUCUCGGAUCAUGUGGUCAUUUUUGGGACUCGACUGCUUUGAAACGCAUCGAAUUUGGUCCUCAGCGCAUUUUGACACAAAAGGUUUGCCCCAGGGACUCAUCGCUUGGCACUCCGUGCACAAGCUUCAGGAAGUCCUCAACUUAUGACCACAGAGCCCCAAAUAUCUUGCCGCUGAGUGAGACAUUUGUAAAGCGCUCUUGGCCACCGUUACACGACUUUUCUCGCCGCCGUUGUGUAGUGAAUCUCCACGGUUGUUAAGUGAGUCACCCAGUUGUUAAGUGAAUCCGGCUUCCCCUUUGGCUUGCCGGAAGGUUGCAAAAGGGGAUCGCGUGAACCCAGGAUGCUGCAACCAUCAUAAGUAUGAGUCAGUUGCCAAACGACCGAAGUUUGAUCAUGGGGAUUCUGGAAUGGAGAGAAGCGUGGAAAAUAUGUGGGUUUUUUUUCCUGUACUGUUGUAAUUUUGAACGGUCGCUAAAUGAAGCAUUGUAAGUUGAUGGCUGCCUUGUGGCAUCCUUGAUAAACUUAGUUUUCUGUCUCGUU